GUUGAGUUUUCGUUUGCAAGUCGAGCCAUGUCGAGCAAGCCAAUCGCUGUCAUCGUCGGCCCAGGGUCGAAGCACGACAAAGGAGGGUCCAUGAAGGAAAUCCCUCCCUCCUCCCGAUGGGGCCUGGGAGGUGCCUUGUCCCUGCGGUUUGCUCAAGGCGGAUAUCACGUUGCGCUCCUCGCUAGACGGAAGGAUGUGGUUGAGGCGGUAGCGGAGGAGGUAAGGAAUCAAGGAGGAACUGCUACCUCCAUCUGCUGCGAUGUCACGGACAUGGAGAGCGUCUCUACCGCCUUCAAACAGAUCUUCUCGCUCGGCAAGGUGGAGGUCAUGAUUUACAACGUGGCUCCUCCGUUUCCUCCUGGACACGAAUUCCCCAACCUCCCUGCUGCUCAUGACAUCGACCCGCAGUUCUUUGACUCUGCCUUUAACAUCGGAGUCACUGGCUGCCUUCGAUGCAACAGUCAAGUCGUCCCCAAGAUGAUCGAGCAGGGCAAGGGAACGAUCCUCCUUUCCGGCGCUACUGCUUCUCUGAGAGGAGGUAAGAAGUUCGGGUCGGUGGCUCCGGUCAAGGCAGCGCUGCGUUCCUACGGGCAGUCGCUGUUCCAGGAGCUCGCUGCUCAAGGAGUUCAUGUUGGCCAUGUCAUCAUUGACGGAGUCAUCGAAUCGCCCAACACCAAGGGAUGGGGCACCAACGUCCCGCUCAUGGACCCUGCGCACAUUGCCGAACAGUACUGGAACCUCCACGUUCAACCUCGCUCUGUGUGGAGCUAUGAGGUGAGACUUAAACUUCUCCAGCUCUGACCCUGCAGGAUAUCGCUGACUUUCAGAUUAGAUUCAGAUAUCACCGUCAGAGGGAUCGGUAGGCCAUAGGCUAUAGAGAAACCUGAGAUUAUACUCUGAAUUCAUAAACAUGUUUUCAGAUU